AUGUCUAAUAAUCCAGAAGAAGAAUUACAAAGUUAAAUGAACUAGAUCAUAGAAAAUGGGAUAUUAAAAAAUAUUGAAAAUGUGUAGCUUAAGAAUAAAGUUCUUUAAAGUCUUUAGUUGAAAAGAGUUUCAAAGUUAACUUUAAUUGGUAUUGAUAUAAGUAAAAACUAAAAUUAAAAUAAGUUCUUGACUUAAAAUUUCGAGGUGGAUCUACACAGCUGAAGGAUAAAUAUUCAAAAACAUACGUUAAGCUGUUUGCUUAAUUACCUUAACCAAAAGACGAGAUUAUCAAUUAUAUUCUUUUCUUAAUCACCUACAAUAUUCAUUGGUAUUUAUGGAAAGAUGCAUAAUAUAAAGAAUAAGUGAACAUUAGGUAGUUUUUUACAAUAAUUGAAGAUUUGUAUACGAUUGCUAUCAUAUAGUAAUAUUUUACUCGAAUGGAUUAUAUGUUUCAGAUGCAUAUAUAAGAGGAUAAAUAGAUAAAAUUUUCACAUCUAAAUUUUUAGAGUACGAAAGAAUUCAAGAUCAGAUAAUACUGUAAAAGAAAUUGGAGUAGAAGAGAAAAGCUUAAGAAAAAACAUUUUUAGGUAGGAAGCUUAUGUUUCCAAAUUUAUCUGGUGAUGGAUUAACAUUUGCUAAACAUUUGAAUGAAAAAUUGAAACCACAAAAAAUAUUAAGAAAAGAUUCUACUAAAAUUGAAUAAUUUGAAGACCAGAAUGUUUAAGUAUCUGCUUAAACUAAAUAUUUACUAUCUCAUCUUUAGCUAAAUGUUAAUUAGGUUUCUCCUUCUGUAAAACUAGUAUUACAUAUGAACAAACCACAAGUUCCGUUUUCAAGACCAAAGAUGCUUUAGCAUAAUUUUGAAAAGUCAGAUGAAAAACUUAAAUUUGUUGGAUUACUUAACAAUCAACCUUAAAUUUAGAAAAAACAAGAUAUUAAAUAUACUUAAAAUAUUUUAGACAAAUUUAAUUUAAGAGCUCCUCCAAAGGAAUAUUAUUAAAAAUUUGCAAAGGUAGAUCCUUUAUUUAAGGAAAUGCUUGAAUUGAAUUAUGUUCUCAAUAACCAUUAAGAGAGUCUUCAUGAUUUAUAUUAAUUCAAGGAAUUGGGACAAUAUGAGAUUUAAAUGCCUUUAUCUGAGGAAUCUCCAUUAGAUCAAUAAAUUCAACAUAAGUCAUAAUUUGAUACACCUGAUGAUGGAACCAAUACAUAGCCUCCUUAAAUAGAAUAACCGCAAAUAAUUUUACCAUAAGUUUAAGGAGAGUAAAACUUUAAAGUUACAGAUUCAUUAAAUAUCCUUGAUUAGAGAUAGGGAUAAUAGAAAUAGAAUGUUCCUCUUUAUUAAUCAAAAUAAAAAGAAUAUAAAUAAAAAUAUGAUAGAUUUAUAUAAUCUGAAAGCACAGAUAAUAAAAUAAAUAGUAUUUAUGUUGAUCUUCAGAAGAAAUAACAUGUAAUAAUGAAUCAUCAUCAUAAGAGUUCUAGAAGAAAAUGA